AUGUUACGUCCCAAGCCCUCAACAUGUCUCUUCUGUUCUUUCAAAGCAGCUCGACAAUGGCCAAUCCAGCAAACCGCAUCUGUACACACCAAAUUCGCUCCUCGACCAAAUCGCUUCAGCCUGACAAAGUCCCGAGUAGUCAAUACCCCUGAGCGAGAACCCGGCGAGCCAGGACGACCGAAUAGGAGGAAGCAAGAUGGGCCGUUUGGAGGAAUGAAUCAGAAAGAGGCGAAUAUUCGAGGGAUUCCAGAACGUGCGACUCCUGUGAUGAGAGAAAAGAAGGGGAGGCCUGGGAGGAAGGAGGACCCACGGGCAGGUGGGUUCAGAGCGCUGAAGAUGCAGAGGGCUUUGGCGCCGGUGUCUUAUGAUCAGAGGACCAGAAUAAAGGAGCGGAUGAAUGAGAUUGAUACGUUUCAGCAAUUUCCGCUACUUGGGACGAUCAAGAGCUCGAUAUCUACGCAGGCGUUGCAGGGGAUGGAGGACGUGACUCCUACGGCGGUGCAGAAGAUUGCUAUUCCGGCAUUACUUGGAAGUGAGACUACGGGGAGGAGGAAUAAGAGCUUAGGGAAGGAGAAGGGCGAGUUUUUGAUCGCUGCUGAGACGGGGUCGGGGAAGACAUUGGCGUAUCUGAUUCCUACGAUGAAUGCUAUCAAAGAGGCAGAGGCGGAGGAUGAGGAUGUCAAGGAAUACCAGCAAGCUCUUGAAGAAGAACGAAUCCAGCAGAUGUCUGAGAAGUCUUUGGCACCUCCCAUCUCGGAUAGGCCACAUCCUACGACUGGUCGACCGCGAGCAAUCAUUCUUGUACCUACUUCAGAGCUAGUUGCUCAAGUAGGAGGACUCGUCAAAGCCUUUUCACACACGGUCAAGUUUCGGUCCGCCAUGGUAUCCUCGAAUUUCAGUGGGCAGGUUAUUCGAAACCGUCUCUUCUCUCCCCGCGGAAUCGAUAUUCUAGUCUCGACACCCCAUCUCCUCUCCUCCAUCGCGGAUUCCGAUCCUAACAUACUCUCGCGCGUCACCCACCUCAUCGUCGACGAAGCGGACUCUCUUCUCGACCGCGGCUUCUCCCCCCUCACCUCGGCCAUCAUCGACAGGGCAACCCCAUCCCUCAAACAGCUCAUCCUCUGCUCCGCAACCAUCCCCCGCAGCAUGGAUGGCUAUCUACGCAAACGGUUCCCGGACAUCCGCCGUCUCGUCACCCCGAACCUACACGCCAUUCCCCGCCGCGUGCAACUAGGCGUCGUAGAUGUAGAGAAAGAGCCGUACAGAGGCAACAAAAACCUCGCGUGCGCAGACACCAUCUGGUCCAUCGGCAAAGCAGCCGCUGCGCACGACGGCCCGGUGGCAGGCGAAAUGGACGUAAAACGCAUCCUGGUGUUCGUCAACGAGCGUGAGAAGACGCAAGAAGUGGCCGAUUAUCUGGCCUCUAAAGGAAUCGACGCCAUCGCAUUAAGCAGAGAUACGCCAGAGCAGCGACAGGCGGAAAUGCUAGCCUCGUUUACGCUGGCGCAACCACUCACGAUGCCGAAAGAAGAACAUCCGGGGUCUCUGGCAGACCAGCAGCCGAAUUACAUUCCGAUAGGCAAGGUAGCGCCGCCGCCGAAGCGGAAGCUGCCGAAUACGAGGGUGUUGGUUACGACGGAUCUGGGGAGUCGGGGAAUUGAUACGGUGGCUGUGAGGCAUGUGUUGUUGUACGAUGUGCCGCAUUCGACGAUUGAUUUUAUACAUCGGCUGGGGCGGACGGGGAGGAUGGGGAGGAGAGGUAGAGGGAUUGUGUUGGUGGGGAAGCAUGAUAGGAGGGAUGUAGUGGCGGAGGUGAGGGAUGGUAUGUAUAAGGGACAGGCGCUUAUUUAG